AUGCAAUCUGUCAGCACUACACACAGGGGUAACUGGGAAAUGAAUGGUCGCCUGGUGACACCCUAUAAGUGAGGGCCGUACUGCUCUCUCUGCCUGGCUUCCAUGUCUGGCUGUUUCCGAAUGUGGGACCAUGUAGGCGGACUGUGUGAAAUUCCAAAGAACCCAUGCAGAAUGCAGCAACAUGGCCGCCUUAAUCUUACAUCCUGCAAAUGCGAGUGUGACCUGGGAUUCACCGGCCGCUUCUGUCAGGUAAGAUGCAGCAUGGAGUGUUUUCACGGCCGUUUCAAUGCUCCUGUGUGUGUGAUGUGAUGCUACGGUGGUGCUGAGUGCGCAGGUGAGCCCAGCUUUUCCCCUUUUCACAGUUGUGAUCUGAUAAUAGAUGAAACUUGCUUUAUGGUGUCUUCAGAAGCUGACAGCUACUAUGGGGCCAAAACUCGCUGCCAGGUGAGAAUAUAGGACUUGGGGGGAACUUUAGCUGAGAUUCACAGCCAGAAAGUUCAGGACCUCCUAGUGUUUUAUGUAAGUGAGCUGGAGGCGAGCAAUGAAGUCACCAACUUUGAAACGAGAAACUUCUGGAUAGGUUUGACAUAUAAGCCUCUUAGAGACUCAUUUUGCUGGGACACAGGAGAGUUCCUUCGAUUCAGCAGCUUUGCCUUUGGGCAACCUGACAACCAAGGUUUCGGAAACUGUGUUGAACUGCAGGCACUGAGCACUUUCAACUGGAAUGAUCAGCGCUGCAAAACCAGGAACCGAUACAUUUGCCAGCAUGAUGCAGAGCAGAUUGCACAGUGGGAGGAAUCCAGGUGACCUGUAUGCUUUCGGCUGAAUGGAUAAGUGUGGAUUAGAUCUACUAUGUAAAUACUGUGCAUAAUUGAAUGUUUUAUGAAGCAUUUGCUCUUAUUUUGUAAAGUCCACUUUUUGCUACUUGAAUUUCUACUUCAAUACUAAUUGAUAAAGGAUUAUCUUGUCGUACCAAUUAGAAAAGUCGCUGUUUAUUUGCUUUCUGCACUUUCAAAAUGGGCCUCUUCUCUUUUUUCAAAAAGUCUUCCUGCUUUUUGAUUGUACUCUUGCUCCAACAAACUUGUAGCAAAUGGUUGAAUUACCUGCUCAGCGUGUCGUAAAGUUCUGCAAAGGCCUGUUUAUGACCCUUAUAUAAUUAAAGGUGGAAGCCUGAAAAACAUAAAAUCUGUAAAAGUGGUAACAUUAAAGUAAGCAAUUAUGGAAAUUCUAUUAGCCUACUUCACGCUGUCAGACAGGUUCUACAUAAAGGACUUCUUGAUUCUGCAGGAUGUGUCGGUUUCUGACAUUUUAAGCUGAUGUGAGGGUUAUAACAUUGCCUAAUGUGUAACUUCCCCUGCCACCCUCUCUCCACGAAACUGGAGUGAGGGUUAGGGAGUUAGGGGUGCCGGUGGGAUUGUUUGCCCAGGGUGCCUAACAGGCUAGGACCGCCUCUGUUUGGAGGUCUGGUACAAAUGGGCCUGAAAAUUUAACCAAAAAUGUGAUUAACUGGUAGUUAAUUCAUGAUUCGACAUAAAGGCAAUUACAUAUAUUAUUUCUACUAAUGAAUAAAUGUAAUUUUUUUGUCUGUCUGGUUAUCGUUGUCCAAUAUUAAAACUUAGAUUUAAGAUUUUGGCAUUUCCACAGAAAAGAAGUAAGAACCAGAGGAAAUCUGGAAGCUUUUGCAUGGCAGUGAA